ACGACUUCAUGGGACGAAGAUUGGGGUCCUAUAAACGGGCGUAAUGCCGCAGCUCCUAAUCCUCUAGCAUCCAAUUCGACAUCUAAGCAUUCCGUGCCAACUCCACAGCCUAUUUCUGUUCCCACCAUACCUUCGCAAUCUUUGAUGCCCAGCAUUAGCCCACAAACAACAUCUAUCCCUUCUGUUGAUGUCGAGUGGCCGCCACCAAAUCCUUCGUCUCUUUUCAUUUCCCAAGCAUCGGCUAACGAUAAGCAGAAGCAGAACUCCGGCAGACCUUUCGAUGGAAGUUUCGAUGAUAUAGAUCCAUUUGCCAAUUGGCCCCCUAAGCCAAAUGGUUCCUCAAUCAAUAACCUGAGUUCUAGCAAUAAGCCUUAUAACAAUUUCAUUGGAUCAAAACCCAACCAAGAGAGUGGAAAUGUUAAAGACUCUUUAUCAUGGGGGUCCAAUAAAAAAGCUAAUUUGGAUAUUGGAUCAAUUUUUGUAUCAGCAAAUAGUAUUGGGCAUACUGCUCCUAAGCUCGCUCCACCUCCAUUAACUGCUGUGGGACGAGGUCGUGGAAGAAGCCAAGUAUCGCUGUCGAGUCAUACGAAGGCUUCGUCGGAACAGCAGCCUAUUUUAGAUUUGCUCUAGAAGUAUGUUUGAUUUUGCGUUCGGAGUUGGGAGGGUAAUUUUUGUAAAGAAAAAGAAGGGUUUAAUGCGUGUAUUAUUUGCGUUACAUGUUGCAUUCUUUGAUAUUGUUGAGGUGAUGGGGGAUAAAAUAAAGGCAACUUAGGCUAUUUUGUGCCUUCAGUUUUUUUUUUUUAAUCAAUAUUUUCUGCAGUUAUAGUUGUUUGUUAGUGUUGUUAGUGUAUAAUUACCGUACACAAAAGAAACUCUUUUAGAAGGUUUGGGUGCAUUUCGGGCGGCGGUGCGAUGCAGCAUU